CACAAGGGUCACAAGAUGAAGGUUGUGUUCCUGACUCUCCUCUUUGGUGUGGUUUGCGGGGCCCAGGAAACUCCAGCUGAGAUAGACCCCCUCAAAGACCUUCCUCCUUAGAUUCCAGGAGAGUGGCGUACCAUUUACUUAGCUGCGGAUAACAAGGAGAAGAUUGUGGAAGGGGGCUCACUGAGGGGCUACUAUCGUCAGAUUGAAUGUAUCAACGACUGCGAAUACCUCUCCAUUGCAGCUUAUGACAAGGACGAUGGCACAUGCCUGUUACUCAAAGAAGUAGCAAAGAGAAAAGAAGGCUAUGUUUACGUCAUAGAAUACGCAGGUGCAAAUACUUUGGAACUGAUUCAUGUAUCAGAAAACAUGCUGGUGACUUAUGUUGAAAACUAUGAUGGGGAGAAGAUCACAAAAAUGACUGAAGGUCUUGGCAAAGGAACCAGCUACACUCAAGAAGAACUUCAGAAGUAUCAGGAACUGAACAGUGAAAGGGGGAUUCCAACUGAAAAUACAGAUAAUGUCAUAGAAACAGACAGUUGUCCUCCAUAAGAACAGUGAAGAGUGGUUGG